AUGGUCCCACCAGUUUAUAUUGUUUCCACUGCUAGAACCCCAAUUGGUUCAUUUCAAGGUUCUUUGUCAUCAUUAUCUUAUUCAGAUUUAGGUGCUCAUGCUGUCAAAGCUGCAUUGAACAAAGUUCCUCAAAUUAAACCAGAAGAUGUCGAUGAAAUUGUUUUUGGUGGGGUUUUACAAGCCAAUGUUGGUCAAGCUCCAGCUAGACAAGUUGCCUUGAAAGCCGGUUUAACUGAUAAAAUUGUUGCCAGUACUAUUAACAAAGUUUGUGCUUCUGGUUUGAAAGCUAUUAUAAUUGGUGCUCAAAACAUUAUUUGUGGCACCAGUGAUAUUGUUGUUGUUGGUGGUGCUGAAUCCAUGACCAACACCCCAUAUUAUUUACCAACGGCAAGAGGUGGUGCUAGAUAUGGUGAUUCCACUUUAGUUGAUGGUAUUCAAAAAGAUGGGUUAUUGGAUGUUUAUGAACAAAAAUUAAUGGGUGUUGCUGCUGAAAAAUGUGCUAGUGAUCAUGGUUUCACAAGAGAACAACAAGAUGAAUUUGCUAUUAAAUCAUAUCAAAAGGCUGGUGAUGCAUUAAAACAAGGUAAAUUUAAACAAGAAAUUGCUCCAGUCACUAUUAAAGGUUUUAGAGGCAAACCAGAUGUUGUUGUUGAAAAAGAUGAAGAAAUUGAAAAAUUCAAUGAAGCCAAACUUAAAUCAGCUAGAGCUGUUUUCCAAAAAGAAAAUGGUACUGUUACUGGACCAAAUGCUUCUAAAAUUAAUGAUGGUGCUGCAGCAUUGAUUUUAGUGUCUGAAGCUAAAUUAAAAGAAUUAGGGUUGAAACCUUUAGCCAAAAUUAAUGGUUGGGGUGAAGCUGCUAGAAACCCAAUUGAUUUCACCAUUGCUCCAGCUUUGGCUGUUCCAAAAGCUAUCAAACAUGCUGGUUUGACUCUUGAUAAAGUUGAUUUUUUUGAAUUGAAUGAAGCCUUUUCAGUUGUUGGUUUAGCUAAUGCUGAAAUAUGUCAAAUUCCAUUAGAGAAAUUGAAUGCUUAUGGUGGUGCUGUUGCCUUGGGUCAUCCUCUUGGUUGUUCUGGAGCAAGAAUUGUUGUUACUUUAUUAUCAGUAUUGAUUCAAGAAGGUGGUAAAAUUGGUUGUGCUGGUGUUUGUAAUGGUGGUGGUGGUGCCUCAUCUAUUGUUAUUGAAAAAGUUGAUAGUGACUUUAAAUUGUAA